AUGGAACAACUCAAACGGCUAAAGGGAGUGAGGGGCCGUCUCAAAUCCAGCCUCACCAAACUGCUACACACAGCAGAAAACUCUUCCGCAUCAAUCGGCGUUGACGCCGUGGAGGUACUGCUAGUCAGGCUCGACAAGGUUUGGAAUGAUUUCGAACUUGCCGGAGAUGAUCUGAGCGUGCUUGACGACGUCGAGGGCUGGGUUGAUCCUGCGGAUGACUACGACGAGUAUGAGGCGAAGUACAUAAAAGCCCGUGCGCUUUUGUUUUCCCUCAAGCGCUCACAGGAGCCGACAACACCAACAAGACAUGCAGAAGGAGAUUCAAUAGCUAACAACGACGCUAUUUCUCGCUUAGUGCAGCAACAACAAGAGUUUUUCGAACGCCUAGGAGCAACUUCAACACCAACCCAGGCUGACGCCGCGGCGCCAGUAAGGGAGACAGAAUUACCGAAAAUACACAUAAAACCGUUUGGUGGCAAUUACAAGGAGUGGCCAGCCUUCAAAGCACUGUACAUAAGCACUGUACAUAGCAAGCAACAUCUGGGUAAGAUACAAAAGUACCACUAUCUAAAAUCGUUCCUCGUGGACGAGGCUGCAAGUUUGGUACGCCAUUUGCCGAUUUCUGAGACGGCAUAUGACAACGCUUGGGAACGCCUCAACGAGAGAUACGAUCGACCACGGCAAAUUAUUCACAACCUGUUGGACACCUUUAUGGAGCUACCAUCGACUAACAAUGGAGAGGUAUCCAUAUUGCGUAGCAUAUCAGAUGGUGCAAAUGAGGUCAUCCGUGCAUUGGACUCAAUUGGCCAUAUGGACCGAGACUGCUGGGUUAUCCAUUUAUUGCUGAACAAAAUCGAUCCAGAGUCACGCCGCAAAUGGGUAGAUGCAAGCCGUGCUUCAAAUUCACCAAAAGUCGAAGAGUUCUUCAAGUUCCUGGAUGCACGAUGUGAAGAAUUUGAGCUGUGUCAAAGCGAUCCUGUACCGAGACAGGGUGGUAACAAUAAGAAGACAAGCAGAGCCAUGGUAACUGCUGCGCUGACAAAAUGCGUGAAUUGUAAUGCGGAUGGGCAUCAACUGUCUAAGUGUCCUCAAUUCAUUGGUUUGUCUAUCGACCAACGCCGUUCUUUUGUAAAGCACAAAUCUCUCUGCUUUAACUGUCUCAAACCAGGUCACAGGUCAUCAAACUGUAGCUCAAAGUACAACUGUCAGCAGUGUGGCAGCAGACAUCACACACUCAUACACACGCAUGCUAUGCAGACCAACGAGGGUCAAAUCACAUCCACGUCUUCAAGCGAUCACAAGGAUCCAGACACGACAUCGGUGACUGCGAGUCACAUGUCACAGGCACUACGCACGCCAACCCUAUUGUCACAUGGGCAAGUAGGACGAACAUGUACCUUGCCAACUGCAUUGGUACACAUCCGCAACUCUCAAGGCACAUACACAAACUGCCGGGUGCUACUCGACACGGGCUCGGAGUUAUCAUAUGUAUCGGAACGCUGUAUUAAGGCACUGGGUCUUAGUCGGGUUCCUGGGCGGAUUCUCAUUUCCGGCAUUUCUUCAAUCAAGGCCGAUACCACGAGGGGAUUCAGCACACUCACGAUCAAGUCUCGAGUUUCUGAUCACUCGCUACAAGUAAAAGCUCAUAUUCUAGGAAAAAUCACAUCUACGCUGGCAAGGGAAAACAUUGAUGCAUCUGCGCUUGAGAUCUUCAAUGGGAUUCCGCUUGCAGACACUGAAUUCAACUCGGCAUCGCCUAUAGACGUCCUACUAGGCACCGAUUCUGUAUGGGCUAUUUUAACCGGCAACAGGAAGCUGGAUGCGCAAGGCAACAUAAUAGCUAUUUCAACAAUCUUUGGAUGGGUUAUCACAUCGAUUGCGUAUCAAAAUCCAUCAAUCACCACGUCAUUUUUGUCUACAGUCGAUAUCCAUGCUACUCUACAAAGGUUUUGGGAAAUCGAGGACUCCCAAAUCACCACUCACCAUGAUCCUGAAAAUGUUAAGGUUGAAGAGCAUUUUCAAACCACGCACUCACGCGACUCCAAGGGAAGAUACACCGUAGAGCUUCCAUUCAAGGAUGCAGAUCCACAAUUCACUGACACUCUGCAGGGAGCAACCCAACGCUUUGCUUCUGUGGAGCGCCGUCUACAUAGAGACGCAGAUUUGCACUCACGGUAUGUAAAAUUCAUGCAAGAGUAUAUUUCUCUAGGCCACAUGCGCCAAAUGAACCCUGACGAAAUUCUCACCAACGAUGGAAGGGUAUUCUACAUGCCACAUCACCCGGUACUUGGAAAGAAACUACGAGUAGUUUUUGACGGUUCAUUCCAAGAUUCUUCUGGUCAAUCUUUAAACGACACCCUGAACGUUGGGCCGAGCAUUCAACGAAACCUGUUCGAUGUAUGCGUACGCUUUCGCCUACAUAAAUACGUUUUUUCUGCGGACAUCAUCAAGAUGUUCAGGCAAAUUUGGAUCAACAAGCAUCACCGCAACUAUCAACGUAUCGUUUGGAGAGAACAUCCUUCAGCUCCACUUCUACAUUACCAACUCUGCACUGUAACCUAUGGCACUGCGUGUGCACCAUUUCUGGCUGUACGGGUUCUUGAGCAACUGGCCAGAGACUACCAACAUUUGUAUCCAACUGCUGCGCGCAUUCUUCUUGAAGAUUUCUACGUUGACGACGUUUUAACAGGAGCUGACACCGAGGAAAAGCUUCUACAAUAUAAAAAAGAACUAAUUCAACUAAUGUCAUGUGCUCAACUCGAACUUGGAAAAUGGAUUUCCAACAGCAACCGCGUUGUCGAUCCUGAGACAACAAUCACAAACAACACAUCAUACAGUCCACUCGAAACUACGAACAAGGUUUUGGGAAUUCAUUGGCAACCGCACACGGACACAUUGGCAUACAAGGUAUCUUUGCCCAGCGAGGGAAAGAUUACAAAACGGCAAGUUUUAUCAGACGUGUCUCGCAUUUUCGACCCACUUGGAUUGCUGGCUCCAGUGGUUAUUCAAUUCAAAAUCCUGUUCCAAGAACUUUGGGUUCUCAACUUAGACUGGGACAGCCCGCUACCGCUCAGCCUGGAAGAUUGGUAUCUCAAAUGCAAGAACGAUAUCAACACGCUCAAUGAACUUGAGGUUCCACGCUACAUUGGCAACUCUACUGAUACAAUUGAAUUGCACGCCUUCUCGGACGCAUCUAUAAAAGCCUACGCCGCUGCCGUUUACAGUAGAGUCACUCUCCCUGAUGGUAACAUACAGGUUACUCUUAUUGCUGCAAAGACUCGUGUUGCACCGCUCAAAACACAAUCACUUCCACGCCUGGAAUUGUGCGGCGCACUGCUACUAAGUCGACUCAUCAACUCAGUCAAAGCUGCACUGAAAAACUACAACGUCACUGUUUACGCCUGGUGCGACUCUACCAUUGUUUUGGCUUGGCUCUCGCACAUACCUGCCAAACUAAAGACUUUCGUCGCAAACCGCACUGCCGAAAUCCUCGGCAUUAUUCCACGAGAUCACUGGCAACAUGUCAAAUCAGAUGACAACCCUGCUGACUGCGCUUCAAGGGGCAUGCUAGCUGCUGACUUAGUAAACCACAACCUAUGGUGGAAGGGCCCACACUGGCUAUACUCAACCGAAGCUGAAUGGGUAAAAACACCUAGCACUCCUCAUUCUAGUUUCAUUUCAGAUGAACAAGUCCAGGCUGAAGUAAAAGGUUCCGCUUUCACGACAAUGAGAACAUACAACACUGAAACCUCACUAUUGGAUGAACUGAUCGACCGUGUCUCCUCGUGGCCGAAGCUACUUCGUAUUCUCGCCUACGUUCUCAAGUUCAUCCGACGCACUCGCAGAAAAUCCAACACCGCUACGCUGACACUUGAGGAGAUCCAUGACGCACGGAUCCUGUACCUUCGCCAUGCCCAAGACGAAUUCCAAGCUGACUACAAGCGACUCCUCAACCAGCAAGAUUUGGGAAACAAAUCAAAAUUGCGCACCCUCUCACCGCAAAUCGACAAACAUGGACUCCUGCGAGUGGGUGGCCGCUUAGGUAACUCAGAACUGCCAGCGGAUGUGCAGCAUCCAAUAAUUAUGCCCAAAUCUCAUCGCAUAACAAAACUCAUUCUGGAACAUGAGCACCGGAUUCACUUACAUCCUGGAGUAUCGGCGUUAUUCGUGAUCGCACGCCAACGCUACUGGGUGUUUGGCGCACGCAACCUCAUUCGAAAGAUCACGCAUGAUUGUCUAAAAUGCUUUAGACAACGGCAACACACAUCUCACCAAUUCAUGUCAGAUCUGCCGUCUGUCCGGGUUCGGCAGGCAUUUCCGUUUGCAAAUACUGGCUGCGACUACGCCGGGCCAAUCACCCUCAAGGUCCACAAGGGACGAAAUCCACGCAAGGAAAAGGGUUACAUCUGCCUAUUUGUAUGCCUAGCCACUUCUGCCUUGCAUUUGGAAUUGGCUACAGAUCUUACAACCGACACAUUCUUGGCGGCACUCAGACGAUUCAUCUCUCGCCGCGGAAAAUGCUCGCAAAUGUAUAGCGACAACGGGAGAAACUUCGUCGGGGCAAAAAGGGUAUUAAACGAAAUGCAAACUCUUUUGAAGUCAGACGAACACAACAACACUGUACUGAAGGCCCUGGCAGACGAAGGAAUAAACUGGAAUUUCAUUCCCCCCCAUGCACCACACUGGGGUGGCAAAUGGGAAUCAGCUGUGCGCUCUGUCAAACUGCAUCUUCAUAGAGUCAUUGGCAAGAAUGUCCUCACCUUUGAGAAAAUGCACACACUUCUCGCCCAAAUAGAAGCUGUGGUCAACUCACGUCCACUAUUCUCAACUUCGGACACUGAGGUCAACUAUCUGUCGCCAGCACACUUCCUCAUUGGUCGUCCCUACACGACAGUACCAGAAGGCGAUCUAUCAACUGUACCAAUCAACCGUUUGGAUUAUUGGCAACAGACUCAAGCUAUGCUGCAAGGCUUCUGGAAACAAUGGCACAUGGAAUAUCUUACAUCACUCCAGCAUCGGCCAAAGUGGAUGAACAAAUCGGUCAACAUGACCAAAGAUGACAUCGUGCUCCUUAAGGAUUCUCACACCCCGCCAGCAGCAUGGCCUCUCGGAAGAGUCAUCGAAACGUAUCCAGGGAAGGAUGGAAUGGUCCGCGCUAGUCUGUGCUGGUGCAAUCGCAGUCUUGCUUUUAUGGACUUGGCGCGUAGUAACGUAGACGGAGAAGCAGCCUUCGCGAAAAGCUGCCAACUCCCUAGAUCACCCAGCAGCAGGCUGGACGUUGCUCCCCCCCCAUUUCAGGGAUACGCGUGGACCAAUGGAGGAACGGAACCCAGAAAAGCAACGCUUAGGGACCUCGGGAAGGACCAGUGCAGGAGCGGUACCCAAGAGAUGGGUAAAGCAUCGUUGGAGGACUUUGGGAAGGAGAUCGCGCUACUGGUGGAGAUGCUGGAGGAUGGAAAAAGGAGGUCCAUCCACCAGCCGAUGAGGGACGUAAUAGAGAGCAUUCGUACUUUGUACGAGCGACUGGCCGCCCAGAAGGACGAACAAGGAGGCAAAGAAGCGCAGAAAACCCACCAGGCAUCCCAGACGUGGGAGCAUGGCAUCCCAGGGAAGGGCAUGGGACCGUAUCCCCCGAGCACCAAAAGGAGCAGGAGUGAGUCUUCGCAAGCGGCUUCGCAAACGAGGACCGGAACCGGACAACCAGGGCAGGCUAUGGAAUCGCCCCCCAGUGGAAGCUGGAGCAUCCCAGGAAAUGUAUGGCUUUCAAGCAGCUGCAAGGGAGCGGCCCUAUGGUCGACGGAGACGGCCCCUCAGGACACCAGAACAUCCUGCGAAGGCUUCCUCCGAUCCUACAUUAAGGGUGUUACCUUUUAUAGCAGCUAUGCUCCGCCGAGAUGGGACAUUUCGCGCUUCCAAAGGAUGCUGAAGAGCCUAGUUUCGGACGCAAGAGGUAAAUCGACAUGGUCAUUGGAGGAGACUUCAAUGCUUGGUCUCCGGAGUGGGGAAGCAGAGCAGCGAGCUCGAAACGAAACAUUCUCGGUAGCUGUCCAGACCCUCGACUGGACCCAAAGAUCUUCUCCAGAGGGGUCAGCAAACGACCUAUCAAGGUCAAUAGCCGCUGCCUGCGACUGCGCUAUGCCUAUGCAGGUGCAGAAGAAGAGCUUCGGUAUACUGGAGGAAUCAGGACAUCCAGCGACUAAGGACUGCCUGCCUGCGAGCAAGGAGGCGAUACCAAAGGGCAAGGGGAGCAGAAGAUCGGAUCAAUAA